AUGUUACAGCAAGAUGGAUUCCAUGUUGAAGAUGGCAGAAAAGUUUUCAAAACUACUCGAUAUAUUAAAUGUAUCGUUCCUAUGCUAGUAGUGGGAAUCGUUCUUGCAUCGAUCAUUCUUGCUCUCUCUGUCCUAGCUCUGGCUAAAAUUGACAAGAAAGUUGACGAGAUUCAAAUCCAUAAGCAAAGAUCGACCACUGAUCUUGAAAGAUCGUCACAAUCGAGCAAUUCAUUCCUAUCGUUAUCAAUUCGUAUCGAUGAAGUAAUGAGUCACCUGAAUGAACUGCAACGCAUCGCUGCCGCAUCGAAUGGGACUCGAGCGGUUAGUACAUUAGGAUUUAAUCGGACGUUGAAUUACAUCACAAAUUAUCUUAAAGCGAAUACAAAUUUUAAAGUAACACAUUCAUUCUUCAAUAUAAAAGAUUUUCAACUUGCACGCGAUCCAGUUUUAAUUUCAUCUAUGAACGAUGUAAUAAAAAACUAUAGAUACUCUAGAAAUCUGUCGGAUGCUGACUUUUAUCAUGUCAAAUUCUCAACGUCGCUUAACCUGUCGACUUUUACUCAAAUUACAGUCAUACCCAAUGUGGCAUGUUCCGAUACUGAUUGGAAUACAACAAGCCCACCACCUGCCGGCCGUAUAGUCUUAGUUAAACGUGGCAUAUGUGCUUUUCAAGAUAAAGUGCAACUAGCAGAGAAGUACAAUGCAAAAGCUGUUCUAUUAUAUAAUGACGGGCAAACACCGGAGCGGAUUUCACCUGUAGAAACAAGUGUCUCUCAAGAAAAUACACUGCCUGUCCUCUUUUUAUCAUUUACUGCCGGUCAAGCUCUAGCCACAGCUGCUCGAGCAGCGCCUACAAACGUCAGUGUACGAUUGGUGCUUGACGUAAAAGAUCUACCACCGCUUCCAGUUGGCAACAUCUGUGCAGAUACACCAACAGGCGAUUCCACUCAAACGAUUAUCAUUGGUAGCCACAGUGAUAGUGUACCAGACGGCCCAGGUAUCAAUGACAAUGGUAGCGGCAGCGCAGCAAACCUUGCGCUGGCCGUUGCACUUGCUCGACUCUUCAGAACACCUUUCUAUCACAAAUACAAAUAUCGAGUCAGGUUCUGUUGGUGGGGUGCAGAAGAAAUCGGUCUUCUAGGCUCCGACCAUCAUGUCAAACAAGCAAAGAACUCAUCUAUCAUCGGCGAACGCCUCUCUGACUAUCUCGUUAAUCUAAACUAUGACAUGCUUGGAUCACCUAACUACAUCUUCGGCAUCUAUGAUGGUCGCACAGCUAAGAACGACACUCCUGCACAAGCUCUGCCUGGUAGUAACAAGAUCACGAGCCUUUUUCGUGAGUGGUUCGUUGAACAGCACCUUCCAUGGGACUACACCGAUUUCAGCGGUCGAAGUGACUAUGGUCCGUUUCUAGCUGAAGGUAUCGCUGCAGGUGGCUUGUUUUCUGGUGCUGAUAGUGUGAAAAGCGUGGAACAGCGCAAUCGAUAUGAUGCGGUUCUCGGUCAAGGCCUAGGUGGCAUUCCGGAUAUAAAGGAAGAUCCAUGCUAUCACAAAGCAUGUGAUUCGAUUGAGAACAUCAAUGUAUUUGGAUAUGAGAAGAUGGUGCAGGCCGCAGCGUAUGCACUAGAGUAUCUGGGUCGUAAAGAAGAUCUCAGAUCAUGGCUUUAUCCAGGAAAACGAGCGCCGUAA